UUGUUGCAGGAAGUAGAUGCAGAGGGUUGAGAACGUUAUAUGAGACUUGUAUAACCUUAUAUAUAUAUAUAUAUAUAAAACCACAUCAACAUCAACUUAUAUGAACCAUUUUGGUAUUUGGCCAUGAAACACUCCACCCAUCUUCUACGCAGGCGACAUGAAUCAAGGGCACAUUGACUGAGUGCUGGCGCGAUGUUUUGACUGUGAAUAUUUGAUAGCUAACUAACGUUAUUUGACAAACUUUUGCCCCAUUACUGCAGGUGACGAAGAGGGGACACAGAUGACACCUGCUGAACUCAUCCUACUGUGGAUAAAAGUAUCACAAUGACACAUGACAGUCCCAAACACACGAAGCUGCUCUCCUUCCAUGGUGAUAUUCUCACAUUUCAGUGCAAACUCUCCUAUCCCAGAGAUGGCGAAAGUCGAAGAGGAUCAGAAUUGGCUUUCAGCAGGCUGACAUUUCAACGGGAUGGCUGCACUUUCUUAAAGGGGAAUGGUGGUAUGGCCGUCAUCAACAGAAAGAGUUCAUCUAAUGUUGAUAUAGUGGCAUGCACCUUUGCCCUACAUGUGAAAAACAGAGUCACUUCGCCAUGCAUUUUACUGAUACAGAGCAAGAAGGGAGAUGUCUUCAAGUACAGCCUUCUCACUCUGAGCAGCUCAAAUAGAUUAGAGCCACAUAUGGAGUUUAAACUGCCAUACCGAAUGAAAGAUAAUGUUACUAUCUUGCAAGGCCCUACCGUAUUAUGGAGCCAUGCAGGUAUUGUCUUCUACACAUCACUGCAGGCAGGUGAAGUUAGACAAAUACCUAUCAAGCUCUCUCUGAAUUGUAUUGGUGAGUUUCCCCUCAACAAAAGAAAAAUAUUCAUACUAGGUUACCAAACACAAUCAAAAGAAUGUCUGAAAGAUCAGUUGGAUGCUCCAGGCAGCAGCAAAACCAUGGGGUAUUUUGUAGAGGACGGACACGUAUUUAAUGCAGAUCUGAUCUUACCUCAUGCCUAUAGUUCCAUCACACAGUGUGUAUUUGUGAUCUCAGCUGAAGAGGUGAACAGUGUGUUGAAAUCAACUGUGGUGGCAGCGACCAGUAAAAAGCAGUUGGUGUAUUUUGAGAACGGCAUUCCCAGAGAGGUAUGUCUGCUUCCCUUUGAAGAACCUCAACACAUUCAGAUGGUCAACACUGGACGCAAUGGAUGUCUGUUUGCCAUCUAUUUCAACGAUGGACAAGUCUGUGCAGUGUGGAAAGAUACUUUUCAGGUAGCAUCAUGCUGGUCAGGUGUGAGCUCCCUACAUGUGGAUGACUUUUUGAGCUGUGGAACAGAUCAGAUGCUGCUGGUCUUUGGAAGCCAGAGCCCUCCUGUGGAUCCAGUGGAUCUUUUCCUCAUCACAGAUCUCUGCGGGACAACCUAUUCUCAUGGACAGGAGAGCAGUGAAGGACAGCAGGCAUCUGACACGGCUCAGGAGAACUACCUCCUAACUGUCCAAGCUCUACAGUCCAGACUACAGAGUGGCCUGACCUUGCUCCAGGAUUUUCAGAGCGAUGUGAGGGUGAAGGAGAGGGUUCUACGCCAGUCAGUCCAAGCCCUCACAGACCUGGUCUCAGGAAGAGAACACAUUCUCACCCAGACAGAGCAGGAAGGCCUUGUUUCUCUAUGGGAUGAUGAGCCAGAGGACGAGGCCGUUCAUGAGAAGAGGCAGGUUAUGCCAGUGGUGCCACCACCUCUAGUGGACAAUCUUUGGCACCGUGUCAUUGAAGACCGCUUGAUUGUGGGCGUGAUACUAUCCACAGAGAGUGCCAUCUCAGCAGAGAGUGUUACUUUAUCCAUCCUGAGAGAGAGAGGCCAGAGCCAGAUGCCUGCGGUCAUCCAGACCCACAGCCAAGCGUCCUGGUUCCCCACACCCAGCCCCUCUACACCCAGCCCCUCGUCUCCCUACUCUCACCCAGAGCCAGCGGCUAAGAGGAGCAGGCGGGCCGGUGCCAGCGGAGCCCGUGCCACACACCGACUGGCAGUGACCGCUGUGACUGACCUGACCCCUCUGCUGACCUCUGGCAGUGUCAAAUGCCCCAUUAUGCUCCAUUACGUCCACAGACAGGGAUCUUCGGCCUCUGUAACCGCUCCAGGACCAACAGUGGUCCAGUGCGGUCAAAUCCAAGUUGAUAUUCAGGUCAAACACCACCCCCAGCUGAUGACCAACAGUCAACUCACAACAGAUGAGGCUAGAGAAGACCUACUUAGCCUAUUGGCUGUGCUGGAUGCCUGGACCUUCCUGAUCCACUCCCCUGACCACACCCUGUGUGAUGUGGCUGGCUGGAUCCAGACAAGCAUGCCCUGUGAGAGGCUAGAGAUCAGCCCACACUACCUACUGGCCAAUCCUGCUGGGCCAUCUGCUGUCAUGCUGUUUCACUGGCAACACAAAACACCUUUCCUGGGAGAAUUAUCCGUCCACUGCAGCCAGUUCAAGGUGCUGCAGUUCCUCGACUCCCUGUUUGGUUUCCUGCCAGCAUCCUGCUCCAUCCUGCACCUCAGACAGGGGGGAGGAGACGGGACGGCACCACGACUGGCCCAUUCCCUGGAGAAAGAGGUACUGUCACUCAAACAGGGCGUGUUGUCUUUGCUCCAUGGCGAGGAAGAGGAGAUGGAGGAGGCGAAGAACAGCAGUGGAGUGAAGAAGAUGGAGCCCCCUGAUCCAGGCUCUGCUGAGGGACUCCAGAGGUGCAGGGAGGAGUGGCAGCGGGACAGGGAGAGGAGCAGGAGGCUAUUGAGCCCCCUGGUGGGCGUGGAGCGCUAUCGCAGGUUGACCCAGAGCCUAACCCAGGUACAGCUGGAAGGAGAUGUAGCCGCCCUCCUAGAGACACAGACACUAAUUUAGGCUUGCAAUGCAUUGACAUGCACACUCAGUGGCCAGCCCAGAUUCUUCGGUUCAUGGGAACGUAGCUCAAUUGGUAUCAAGGGACCUAACGGGUGCCAGGAAAACAUUCCCCACACCAUUAUACCACCGCCACCAGCCUGUACCGUUGACACCAGGCAGGAUGGGGCCAUGGACUCAUGCUAUUUACGCCAAAUCCUGCCAUCAGCAUGACGCAACAGGAACCGGGAUUAGUCGGACCAGGCAAAGUUCUUCCACUCUUCAGUUGUCCAGUGUUGGUGAUCGAGUGCCCACUGGAGCCACUUCUUGUUUUUAGCUGAUCGGAGAGGAACCCGGUGUGGUCGUCUGGUGCAAUGGCCCAUCUGUGACGAGUACCGGCAAGUUGUUCAUUCCGAGAUGCCGUUGUUAGCUUGCACGAUUCUUGCCGUUCUCAUUUGACCUCUCAUCAACAAGCUGUUUUCGCCCACAGGACUGCCACUCACUGGAUGUUUUUUGUUUGUCGCACCAUUCUCGGUUAACCCUAGACACUGUUGUUUCUGAGAUACUGGAACCGAUGCGCCUGGCACUGACGAUCAUUACACGCUCUCAUACCACGUCUCUCAUACCACGUAUCUUAGAUCACUCGUCUUAGAUCACUGGUUUUGCCCAUUCUAAUGUUCAAUCGAACAGUAUCUGAAUGCCUCGAUACCUGUCUGCCUGCUUUGUGGCCGUGGCUUGCUAUACGUGACUCACUGUCUGUAGGAGCGAACCAUUUUCGUGAAUGGGGUGGUGUACCUAAUAAACUGGCCACGGUAGUGCAGUAGUUCUUUUUUAUUUCUAUGCCUUCUACAGGAUUGUAUGGUUACCUUCUUUUGGUUUCUAAUAUUCUGUAUGUUCCUGUUAUCAAUGAAAUGUUAAGAUUCAGUCCAGAUGAUCACUGUCUUAUGCCAUGUUGAACUGAGUGCUACCUUAUGCGUUGUCAUUGGUAAUGAGAAGUUACAAACCUGAGAUGCAAUUCACCCUGUAGGUUACUGUAAUUAUUAUGUUAAUCUCUCAUACUGUAAACCUGCCUGUACCUAUAGUUCCUCAGAUGUACGGUCCAUUAAAAAAAGUAUUCAUA